AUGAGCAUUUCUACUACAGCAAGGCCUAUAGUCCAGGUUCCAGGCAGGCUGCUUGGCAGUAAUUUUGUCAGGACUGUCUAUACACAGGACAAUGUCAGUGUUCGACAAGAACAGCCAAUCGCCACGUUUCAACACAAGACUUUUGCUGACAACGCGCAUGUCCCUCUCCAAAUAGAAACGCCCACUACACUUGGAGUCAACCUGCCCGCGACCUCCGUGACGUCAUGGAUGUCCGACCUAGUGGCCAACACCAGCCUAAUGCAGCUGUCCGAGAAAACCAUCCACCGCAGCAAGAGGAUGCUGCUGGACACGCUGGGGGUCGGGAUCCUGGGAUUCCAGACUGACAUCGCCCAGAGCGUGACGAAGAUGUACGCGGGGCUGGGGAAACCCUGUCGGGACUCGUCGGGGUCGGCGGUGUGGGGGUCCCGGGAUCUGAGGACGUCACCGGAUAUUGCCGCCUUCAUCAACGGCACCAGCGUCCACACAAUGGACUUCGACGACACCUGGCACCCCGCCACCCACCCCAGCGGCGCCACCCUCCCGGCACUGCUGGCCCUGGCCCAGUUCCUGCCCGCCCCCCUCAGCCCCUCCCUAGAGGAUGUGCUGCUGGCGUACAACGUGGGGAUACAGGUGCAAGGCAUGCUGUUAAGGACAUCGAAGUCUGCGAGAAAUCUACCUUGCAGGUUUCACCCUCCCUCCGUUGUUGGCGUCAUGGGUAGCGCCGCCGCCUGUUCAAACCUUCUUGGGUUCGGUCUUAAGAAAAGCAGAAACGCCCUGGGCAUCGCGGCGUCGUUUGCUGGUGCCCCGAUGGCCAACGUUGGGACGACAACAAAACCGUUGCAUGCUGGGAAAGCGGCCAGGUUUGGUCUGGAAGCGGCACUUCUGGCUGACCAAGGUAUUGAAGGCAACAGCAACAUCCUAGACAUGCCUUCAGGGUUUGGGGCUUUCUACGACGACUUUGAUCCCGAGGCGUUGCUUGCAGAAUUCACCAAGCAUGACCACUUCUACUUCCACACACAAGACAUCGCCCUAAAGCGCUACCCCGCCCACCUGGGCAUGCACUGGACCAUAGACGCCGCCCUGGAGGUCCACAAGAAACUGGCGGAAAAUGUCAAGCCAGACGACAUCAAACACGUGACCAUUUCAGCGCCAUACGCCAGGUACGUCGACCGCCCGCUCCCCUCCACCAUGCACGAGGCCCGCCACUCGUUCCAUUUUAACGCCUGCACGGCCCUGCUGGACGGUCACGUGACACCCUGCAGCUACCACGACGAGCAGAGAUCACGUCCACAGCUGCGUGAUCUGAUGACGAAAACGUUGAUGAAACACGCCGACGACAACAGGCCGUGUUUCAAUGAGAUGUACGUGGAGGUCAAGGCCGAGCUGGUGGACGGUACGGAGAUCCAGGCCCGCUGCCUCAAGCCGUACGGCCACUGGGACAACCCGCUGAGUGACGUAGACGUGGUCAACAAAUUCCUGCAGAACACCUCAUGUCUGGACCAGCAGAGGACUCAGGACAUUGUCCUCAUGGUCAAGGACAUGGACGCGGAGGUCAAGGCCGCAGAACUGGCGAAACUUCUGCAUUGCUCUUAA